CACGGAAGUGAAGCAGUGCCUCUGUGUUGAUGUCUCCUGUCUUCGUCUCUUUCCGGGUAAACCUGCGGACCUGAGGCAGCCAUGGCGGUGAGCGCGGUCCACCUGGAGUCGGACGCCUUCCUGGUGUGCAUGAACCACGCGCUGAGCACGGAGAAGGAGGAGGUGAUGGGCCUGUGCAUCGGGGAGGUGGAGGGCUCCCGCAUCGUGCACGUCCACUCCGUCAUCAUCCUCCGCCGCUCGGACAAGCGGAAGGACCGGGUGGAGAUCUCCCCGGAGCAGCUGUCCGCGGCCUCCACGGAGGCGGAGCGGCUGGCGGACAUGACGGGCCGGACGAUGCGGGUGGUGGGCUGGUACCACUCCCACCCGCACAUCACCGUGUGGCCGUCCCACGUCGACGUGCGCACCCAGGCCAUGUACCAGAUGCUGGACCAGUGCUUCGUGGGCCUCAUCUUCUCCUGCUUCAUCGAGGACAAGAACACGAAGACGGGCCGCGUGCUGUACACCUGCUUCCAGUCCGUGCAGGCGCAGAAGGGCUCCGAGUACGAGCGGGUGGAGAUCCCCAUCCACGUCGUGCCCCGCGAGGCCAUCGGCAAGGUGUGCCUGGAGUCGGCCGUGGAGCUGCCGCGCAUCCUGUGCCAGGAGGAGCAGGACACGUACCGCAAGAUCCACAGCCUGGCGCACCUGGACCCCGUCACCAAGAUCCACAACGGGUCCGUGUUCACCAAGAACCUGUGCAGCCAGAUGUCUGCGGUGAGCGGCCCGCUGCUGCAGUGGCUGGAGGACCGGCUGGAGCAGAACAAGGAGAGCGUCGUGGAGCUGCAGCGGGAGAAGGAGACGCUGCUGCAGGAGCUGGCUGCCCUGUGAGCCUGGGCGACAGGGUGGAGGAUGGAGGGAGGACAGACUGGAGCAUGGAGGAGGACAUGGUGGAGGGAGGACAGAUCGGAGGAUGGAGGAUGGAGGGAGGAUAGUCUGGAGGGAAGACAGGGGGGAGGGAGGACAUGGUGGAGGAUAGAGAGAGGAAAAGGUUGAGGGUUUAGGGAGGACAUGGUGGAAGGAGGACAUGGAGGAGGACAAGGUGGAGGGAGGGCAGGGUGGAAGAUGGAGGACAUGGUGGAGAUACUUGACAGUUCUCCAUCUUCAGACGAGAGACUCUUCACUUUUCUCUUCUGUUCCAACCUCAGUUCUUUGUUUACAGUCUUUAUUCUUGCAGGUGGAUUUUCUUCCGUUUCACGGCUGCACAGCUGUGAACUAACAUCUGGUCAGAUUUAUAGUUUGGUUAAUUAUUGAUUAGUCUGUCCCUUUAUCACAAAGUUAAAGAAAGUGAUGACCUUUGACCUUCGUCUCUCCUCAGACUUCCAUGUGAAUCUGUCCGAUAGUUUCUGUCUCAUCCUGUUGACAAACAGAUGAACACAGGUGGAAACACGAAGCUCUUACAUGAACCUCUAGUCUCUGUCGAGGGACAAAGACAGAAAUGUGCCUGUAGACAAAUUAAAGUGUGACUGUGGAUACUAUAAAAUGUAUAUCUAGAUUAUGGGAUGUUAAGCAUAUAGAGGUGCUUGUCUUCCAUCAAUGCUCUUUGACUUUGGGUUCUUGCUCUCGUCACAGAUUUACAAAUUCAGAUUUGUGAUGUUUUCUUCCAACUGUAAAAUAAAACAUGUACUUAUUUA